AUGGGUUUUCUUAGCGGCGUCACCCCCCGGGGUUUCCUCAUCAUGGUCUUCGCAUCAUUAGGUGGUCUUCUAUUCGGUUUCGACAAUGGCUGGUGGGGUACUGUUCUGGGAGAGCAGGCAUUUUUAUGCGAUUACGGUGCCACAAUCAUGGUGAAAGGUGUUCCUACUUGUAACUUGACAACCUCGCAACAAUCUGCUGGAACCGGGGUUGGCUCAGCCGGUAUCAUGAUUGGAUGUGCCAUUGCUAUGUACCUGAACAAUCGCAUUGGUCGACAAAGGUCGAUUUUCUCACUCGCAAUCAUCUCGAUUAUCGGUAUCGUUGUCGAAAUGACUUCGGCGAUCGGCUCUCCAGCGCGAUAUGGACAAUUCCUCGCGGGAAAAGUCAUCAAUUCGAUCGCCAUGGGUGUCGCUUGCAAUGUAAUCCCGAUCUAUUUGUCUGAGACAUCGCCAGCAUCCGCUCGUGGUUUCGUCAUCAAUAUGUACCAGACUGUUCAGAUCAUCGGUGUCAUCGUCGCCUCUGGUUCGGUUUAUGCCGUUGCCACGCGAACCGAUAAAUCAGGCUACCUAAUUCCCAUGGGAAUCCAACUCCUUGCGCCGACUUUGAUAUUAGCGGUGGUACCAUUCAUUCCUGAAUCUCCUCGAUGGUUGGUCUGGGUUGGUCGUAAGGAAGACGCCAUCAAUGCUAGUUCAUCUCUCUUCAAGAGCGAAGGAAACGACUUUGACGCUAGCGAUUAUGUACACAAACUCGAAAUAGCGUUUCAAGAACAAAGGGAAGAAGCCCAAGCAACUGGUUGGCGCGAUCUUGCUCGACAACCCGAUCUCCGUCGUGUACUCAUCGCUAUGGGUAUCCAGUCACUCCAACAAGCACAAGGAUCUUCAUACAUGACUAAUUAUAUCGUCUCCUUCCUUAUCGGUGUUGGGGUUGUCAAUUAUUUCCCUGUCAUUAUGGGACUUUACUGCCUUUACUUUGUUACGAUCUGUACUGGCAGUUUCUUACCCGACUUGAUCGGUCGACGACCAAUCUUACUUUCCACGUCUGCUUUCUGUGCCGCGACUUUGAUCAUUGUAUCCAUCCUCACCACCGCCUUCGCCGACCCAUCAUCAUCCGUCCAAAAAGCUUCAAUCGCUCUUAUCUUCUUGUGGUACGCCUCUUUCGGUGCUCAAUCCCCCCUGAUCUGGAUUGUUACUGCAGAGGCAGCCCCCACCCGUAACAGAGAGAAAGUUCUUGGUCUCGCCACAUUCUGCGGUUUUGGAGUACAACUCAUCAUUACUUUUGUUGCUCCUUACCUCCAAGACCCUGGAUUUGGGAACUUGGGCUCGAAGAUAGGAUUUAUUUGGGGUGCAUUCUCCCUCAUCAACAUUGCCUUUGUCUUCUUCUUCGUUCCCGAGACCAAAGGUCACUCUCUUGAACAACUCGACUACCUCUAUGAGAAUCGUGUCGCAACUCGAAAGUUCAAGGGUUACCACUUCGAUGACGCAGUUUUGGCCACUAAUACAAACGUUGUAGACGAGAUCACCAUUGAAAAGUCUGACAAUAGGAAGAAUGAGCUUGAGUACUAA